AUCAACCGUUUUGCAUGGCUUUCGUCUCGAAGAUCGAAAUGGAAAAAACGGCACGAUCUUCGUCGAGCCGUUUUCUCCAUUAACAUUCCUGAAUCUCCUACGGUUUCAAACUUCAAGAACUUUUGAGGUCUCCAUCUUCUCUUUGAUCUGAUAAUUGUGCCAGAAGUGAAUGGGCCUACUUGUUUCAGUCGCUGGUGGCUGGACCUCAGAAAUUGCGUAUCAUCUCCAACACAAGUCAGUGCUUGUCGAAUCUACAAAUUCCAUUGUUUGCUUUUAUCCUCGUUGCAGUGCUCUUCACUGUUCCAAGAGAAUUUUUGCAUAUUCAUAUAUGGUGCGUAUGCUGAAGCUACUUGUUACAUGCGAUGCCUGGAAGUGCGCGACAGCAGUUGUAUGACUUAGAGCACCAGCUGCUUGAAGCUCAACAGCAGGAAGUUAAAUGCGCAACGUGUUUUGUGCAAGAAGGGAAUCUGCAGAGAAGGAGCAUGUCAGUCGGGAUGGACACACGGAGUCCAGCGGAUUUACCAAAAAAAUCUUCUCGUAUGCAAACCCGUCGACAACACACGGUUCGAAUUCAAGCUCUACAUGUUACAAGCAAGGAAGCUGAGUCUGUGUCGUUGGAGAAUAUGUCAAGCAACUCUGAUGGCCUUUUGCUUGCUGUUGAUAAAUUCUUGUCUGCAGUGGAUUUUCAACAUGGUCGUCCAAGUAAUGGAAACACUAGCCUUUGAAAUGACGCCUCUUAGGCGGUUCUUCUUCCAGACUUUCUUGAGUACAAAUAGAAAUGGUUCUAUUCAGUUUUUAUAGUCAUCUAUAAAUCUAUACGUGAUAUUCAGUAAGUCGGGGUUCCUCCUGUUAAGGUUCUUGCUUAAUGAAUCUGCCUUUUGUGAUUACGACUAUCUAAGCUUUCUCCAUGCAUGAUUCUAUGUC